CCGGAAGUGGGUUUGAAUUGCCCGCGCAGGGAGUCGUCAGGCCGGUAGGUGGUUCUUCGUGCGGCUGAUCAGGAUGCAGUGAGAUUUCUACAGCGGUCUGGGCUCCCUCGCCUGGUGGUCACUGUGUAGGAGGAGUUGGGGUCACGAUGAGGUCAGUGAGUGCAGAGUCCCCUGUCCGGGAUCAGAGACGUCGCUGGGAGCGGAAAAGAGGACGGACGGCGCGGGAAGUGCUGGAGACGGAGCGGGAGUACGUGGAGGACCUGGAGCUCAUCACAAAGUUCUAUGAUGAGGUGUUCAGGGUUCGCUGCGGGAGUCUGACGUUGGCGCAGGAAGGGAUCUGCGGCACCAUCCCCAGUCUGGUGAAGGUGAACCGGUCUCUGCUGAUGUCCCUGGAGCGGGAUAUGGCGCCCUCCGGCUUCCAGACCUUCUCCCAGUACCUGCAUCUCUACACGAAGCACGCCGACUGCAUAGACGCCACGCGGCACGCCCUACAGACUCAGGUAAAGAAGAAGAAAUCUUUUGCUCGCUUCAUGAAGUUGCAGGAAUCCCGUCCGGAAUUUCAGGGCCGAACCCUGGAGCAGCUGCUGGAGCUCCCCCUGCAGAGGGUCAUGAGGUACAGACACUACCUCCAGGACCUGGUGGAGAACACAUUUCCGGACAGUCCUGACUCUGCCCAUCUUAAUGGAGCUCUCCAGGCCGUGUGCCACGUGUGUGACCACAUCGAGAACAUGCAGCAGCUGCAGGAAAAUGACCAACAGCUGCGGAGAGUCCAGAAACUGCUGAAAGGCCGGAGGACCCGAGUCCUGUCCCCAGGGAGACGCUUCAUCAGAGAAGGCUGGCUGUCUCUUGUCCCUCCCAGUGGAGAAGAAGUUAAACCUCGGAUGCUCUUCCUCUUCUCUGACGUCCUCUUGGUCACCUCCCCAUGUCACCCUUUGCACCCCUUCAACGCUCAGAAGUUCUGCUGUCGUGCUGUCUACCCCCUGAUGGAGUGCCAAGUGGAGAAAGUUCUGGGACACACUCAGGGCCAAGGAGGUCUCAUCAGUCUGUCAUUCAAAAGAGAAAAACUUCUGUUCAUGUCGACUAACCAGCAAGAUAUGAACGGCUGGUACGAGAGCCUGGUGAUGGCCGUGAGGAAGCUUCACCCAGACAGAUACACGAGAAGAGAUGCUCCACAGAGAGGCCAGCGAACAAUGACCGAGCUACAAAAUGUUCCUGCAGCAAGAGCCCCAAAGAGACAUCAUGUAAACUCUUCCAUGGAUGUUCUGAACACUGCAGCUCCUCAAGAAGAUCCGGUGUGUAAGCGUCCGAAAACAUCAAAUCGACCUGAAGAUGGAAGCUCACAGCCUGCAGCAUCUGAAGAAGGAUCCGGAUGGAAGUGUGUGAUCCUGUGAGUGCUCCGCAGGUGUUUGAUCCUGGGAGCUCUCCUUAUGUCUGUAUGUGAUCCCGGGAGCGCUCCUUAUGUCUAUAUGUGAUCCCGGGAGCGCUCCUUACGUCUGUAUGUGAUCCCGGGAGCGCUCCUUACAUCUGUAUGUGAUCCUGGGAGCUCUCCUUAUGUCUAUAUGUGAUCCUGGGAGUGCUCCUUACAUCUGUAUGUGAUCCUGGGAGCUCUCCUUAUGUCUAUAUGUGAUCCUGGGAGCUCUCCUUAUGUCUGUAUGUGAUCCCGGGAGCGCUCCUUAUGUCUAUAUGUGAUCCCGGGAGCGCUCCUUACGUCUGUAUGUGAUCCCGGGAGCGCUCCUUACAUCUGUAUGUGAUCCUGGGAGCUCUCCUUAUGUCUAUAUGUGAUCCUGGGAGUGCUCCUUACAUCUGUAUGUGAUCCUGGGAGCUCUCCUUAUGUCUAUAUGUGAUCCUGGGAGUGCUCCUUACCUCUGUAUGUGAUCCCGGGAGCGCUCCUUACCUCUGUAUGUGAUCCCGGGAGCUCUCCUUACGUCUGUGUGUGAUCCCGGGAGCGCUCCUUACUUCUAUAUGUGAUCCCGGGAGCGCUCCUUACGUCUGUAUGUGAUCCCGGGAGCUUUCCUUACUUCUAUAUGUGAUCCCGGGAGUGCUCCUUACGUCUGUAUGUGAUCCCGGGAGCGCUCCUUACGUCUGUGAUCCUGUACUCUGACCACAUCUAUUGCUGCGUCCUUCAUGUUGAGCUGGUGGAGGAGGGGGUUGAUGCAACCAGCUGUCGCUCUCCCUUUCAUUUCAAGAUUUGAGGAAGAACAAUCCGCACGUCCCGGAUGCAGAGUUUUCUGGACUUUCUGCCUCUGCUGUUACUUUUUUAUUUGAAUAAAUGUGCUGUAAGAUCUG